AUGGAUAUUGAUGAGGAGAGAAAGCGCAAAAUUUGGAUUGCAAUCGCAUAUACGAUGUAUUUGAUAUCUGCAUAUUUUUACAAGUAUAUUUACAAGGAACCAUGCAUGACUUCAAUUCUAACAGGAGAAAUGUGGGUGAAAGAAGUGUUGACUGGUAAUCCUAUUCGAUGUGUUAAUGCAUUUAGAAUGGAGCCACAAUUAUUUUUAAGAUUAUGCAAUGAUCUAUCAACGAAGUAUGGAUUGAAAGCUAGUUGUAACAUGUCUAUUCGCGAGAAAGUUGGCAUAUUUUUAUAUGCACUUGCACAAGGUGUCUCAAAUAGACUUCUUGGUGAGCGUUUUCAACGUUCUGGUGAUACAAUUAGUAGGGCAUUUCAUGAUGUUCUCAAUUCGAUUUCUUGUCGAGCAAUCAAGGGUCUUGCACAUGAUAUUAUAAGACCGUAUGAUCAAAAUUUCACACGCGUGCCAGCUAAAAUAGCUACAGAUACAAGAUAUAUGCCUUAUUUUAAGGAUUCAAUUGGAUGUAUUGAUGGUACACAUAUAGAAGCGUGCAUACCAGAAGCCCUACAAAUGCCUUAUAGGGGACGGAAAGGAAUUCCUACUUUUAAUGUUUUAGCUGUGUGUGACUUCGAUAUGUGUUUCACUUUUGUGUCAGCGGGUUGGGAAGGUUCUGCGCAUGAUACUCGUGUGUUUCUUAAUGCUAUUCAAAAUCCAGCAUUUAAGUUUCCUAAAGCGCCAGAAGGUAAGUAUUAUUUGGCAGAUAAAGGAUAUCCAGAUCGAAAAGGUUAUCUCAUACCGUAUCCGAAGACACGGUAUCAUAAGUCACAAUUUGAAUACGUUCCUCCAAAGAAUGACCGUGAAACCUUUAACCGUUGGCACUCAUCUCUUCGAAGUUGCAUAGAGAGAUGUUUUGGAGUUUUGAAGCAAAGGUGGAAGAUAUUAACCAAAAUGCCACAAUAUAGCAUCGAGAAACAAAUACAUAUUAUAGUUGCUACAUUUGCACUCCAUAACUAUAUUAGAAUAAAUUCCCCAGAUGAUCCUCUCUUUCGAGUGUUAGAAGAGUAUCCUAAUUUCAUACCUUCAUUUGAGCUACCCGAUGUUCGUGUUACUUCACGUGGUGAAAAUGGAGAGGAGAGCUGUACUGAAAUGAAGGCUAUUCGUGACCGUAUAGCUGAUGCUUUAUGGAAAUCGAGGAAUGAAAGGCGACGCAUUUAG